ACGUACUUGACAGGACAAAAAAAGACUGAAGCUCUUACGAGAGCUAAAGGUUUUAAGUCUGAUGACCCAUUUUUCAUUGUUCUAAUGCAGCCAUCGUUUGUUGGAGCUUCAUAUAGUAUAGUAAUUACUUAAUUAGAUUCUUGUUACAAGUUCAUCCUUUGGGAAUGUUUGUCAUAUUGACAUUGUUCUUUUGUCAAGGUUGUACCAUUUAGCUUUGCGAAAAAUCACCUCCUAAGUGUGAGUAAGCAUGAAGAUGUGAUCCUUAAGGUUCAGGAUGAGCGGAUUUGGCCUGUUAGGUACUAUUAUAGAAAGUAUACAGGGCGUUCGCAAUUCAGAUUCGAGUGGGGUUGGAAGGCCUUUGCUAGAGACAAUGAUUUGAAAGUAGGUGAUGUUUGUGUCUUUGUUAAGAGACAGAACAUUGGGAUAAUGUUAUUCGAAGUUGUUACUUUUUAUAAGAAUGGAGUACCAAAUUCCCCUGUGUUACCAGCUGCAAAUAACAGAACCCCUUGUGUGAAAGUUGAGCCUUCUUUUACUAGCAAUAAUUAUGACAAUGCAAGUAUGAUUUCACAUGACAUAAUUCCAAAGAAAGAAGUAAUUGAACCUUCAUAUAAAGUAUGUGGAGAAUCUCCUGAACUUGAAAAUUUUAUAAGAAAUCAGGAGUUGAGUAGAAAAGAAAAGGAUGAAGCUUUCAAGAGAGUAAAAGACUUUAAAUCUGAAGAUCCCUUUUUCAUUGUUCCCAUGCAACCAUCAUUUGUUGGAUCCAAAUCCAAGUAUUGUAUGGGUAUGCCAUCUCUCUUUGGAAAAAAGUACCUUGUCGGGACCAGUACUAGUCCUCAAGAUGUGAUCCUUAAGGUUCAGGAUGGGAGGACCUGGUGUGUAAAGUACUAUGUCAGGCCACUAGGAACAUCUUCGAAAGCCACAAUCGAGGGUGGUUGGAAGGCAUUUGUUCAAGACAAUGAGUUGAAAGUAGGUGACGUUUGUGCCUUUGUUUUGAGAAAUAUCAUUGGAAUAAUAUCAUUCGAAGUGGUUAUUUUUCAUGGCAAUGGAGUAGCAACUUCCUGUAUGUUACCAAUACCAGGAUUUGGCAUAGUUUCUGAAGCAGCCAGCAAAUUUUGCUCAAACAAUCCUUACUUCGAAGUGAAAUUGAGAUCAUCUCAAGUGCGUGGACGUCCAACAAUGUAUAUUCCAAUGGCUAUUGCAAACCCUUGGUUUGAGAAAAAGGCACAAAUUGUUACUCUUUGGGUUGGUGAGGAAUAUUGGCAUGUGAAUUUAACUGUUAAUAAGGGGUCAUCAUCUUCUGGAUUAGAUCAUAGGUUUUCUGGUGGAUGGCAUGCAUUUGCAAGAGACAACUCUCUUCAGCCAAAUGAUGAAUGCAUCUUUGAGCUGAUCAACAAGAAUAAACCUGAGAUUAAAGUUACCAUAUUUAGACAAAAUGGGAUUUCUCAAGAAUAGGCUGUUGUAAUUAAUUAGUUUAGCUACAAUUUACCACAUGUGAAGGGGUUUCUUUUGUUGGGAUAGGUAGGUUUAACUGACACUUAAUUAAUAUGAAGACUAAAAUGGUUGGUUUUGUACAUGUUAUUGGUGUUUGUGAGUUUGUGAUUCUCUUAAGCUACUACACCCAAUUGAUU